AUGUCCUACUUUUUAAAUGCAAUUCGAGCCGAGCUAAAUGCUGUUAAAGUUGCUGGUGGCUGGAAGGCUUCAUUUUACAGGAUUCUACGAGAGACAAAUCUUCGUACAGGAACUCUGAUUGGAACAGACAAAUAUGGAAAUAAGUACUUCGAAAAUAACACGUACUUCAUGGGAAGAAAUCGUUUUGUUGUUUACCCUUACGUGGAUCGUUACACCUUCGAUGCCAGCCAGAUUCCCGCGGAAUGGCAUCGUUGGAUGCACUACAUGACAGAUGACCCUCCCACGAAAGUACCCCCAGCGGAAAGGAAGUUUAUUCAGGCUCACGAAACUAACAAAACAGGCACCAAAUUGGAAUACGUUCCUUACAGUACUACCCGGCCAAAGAUCGAGGAGUGGCAGCCCCCUAGGAACAAUUAA